GAACCCCGGACCUUCGGCUCUCCGGGCGGACGCUCUACCACUAGACCACGGAGGCGGUUCUUAUUUACGACAAACGAUUAGCGCCAUACAUCAAUACGAUAAAUGACGGUAUGAACACUUUAUCUAGAUCUGAUACAACACGCACUGAUAGCUCACUGUUCAAAGUGCAGCGUCACACAAACUGGGCGAGUAACUCACGGUGUCAUGUAACAAGAGGAAUGUUGUGGUGAAAACCUGGUUUUCUGACCCUGAUCUCAUGAGUGAUUUUCAAGUAUUCAGUAAGAUACAGGAACUUGAGGAAAGUGAUGCGCUGCGUGGGAAACACAUCCAGGACUUGACGGAACAAAAUCAAAAAGGUGAUGACACUUAAGUGACGACUAUGUCCGCCACGAUCCAACUGGACGAUGACUUCUUCGUGUGCAGCAUCUGCAACGACAACUUCAGUGACCCGAGGUCACUACCGUGCCUCCACAGCUUCUGUCACCAGUGUCUACGACAGCACAUCAACUACUCGGCCACUCUGUCCCCGCCCUCCUUCCUGUGCCCUGUGUGUAGGGGGGUUACUCUAGUCCCUGCAGAAGGAGCACCACCCUCGUCAUGGGCGGACUUCUUUCCGGGAAACUUCCUGAUGAAAGAACUGAUGGGUAAGAGAGUUGCAGGAACACCAGGCACGUCUCCAGGAGAUACUGCAGGUGGUUCUCCAGCAGGUGCUCGGGAGUAUUGGUGUGUGGACCACCCCGACUGUCCGCUCAACAUGUUCUGCGUAUCCUGUAAAGCUUCCUCAUGUAGAAAAUGUAUGUUCUCGAAGCAUAUACACUGUUCGGUAACGGUCAAGCUCAUACCUCAAGGAAAAUCCACAACAGAAGACAUGGGCAUAUUCGUGGAAAGACUUAAACGUGAAAUUACGUCAGUUCGGGAUCAAGAAAUAUGUAUACAAGAUGAACUGGCGUAUUUGGCAGGUCAGGCGGAGAAAGCGCGGACAGGUAUUCAUAAGCAUAUUACAAAGUUUUACUCAAUGUUAGAAAACGCAAAGAAGAAACUUCUUUCCAAAAUUGAUACGGAAUAUGACCAUUUGACGAGAAGCCUGGAGAAUCAGCAUAUUGCAGCCAAGGAGCACCUGGAACAACUCAGGAAUUCAAUGUCUGCUGCUACGGCGAUAAGGAACCAGGAUUCUGACACCACUGAACAGUUGAAGAGAAAGAUACAGAAGACGCUGACAUCUGUCAGUUCAGCAGAAAGUCUCCAGUAUGAAAGGAUGAGAAUAUCAUUCACUCCUGAUUUCUCCUGGCUCGAUAAAGACUUCAGUCUUGGUUCAGUCGCCUUCUAUAACUCCAGAGUCCCUGCCUCUGAUGGAGUUUCAGCAGACAUGCCAAGGUCACUGUCAUCCGAUUGCGUGCCACCGUGCCGCGAGGAGGCCGUCUCCCUUCGACAUCACACAAAUACAAUGCUAAGAUCGACUUCUGUUCCCUGGUUUAAUGAAAGUUGGAGCAAAAGGGAACUUGGAAUAGUGAAUGAACAUCCAAUGAAUCCAGUGACUCCGUACCUGGGUAGAGACAGUGAUGAAUCAAAUAUACCCGUGCUGGCGACAGGGGGAGGUAGCUCUGCACUACCCCUGGUUGAUACCUCGCUGUUCAGGCACUCAGCUCCUGUUAUCUACCCCGGUGGGGAGAGGGAUCCGGAGCUUGUCCAGCCCACACCUUCACCUCAAGUGCCUGACAACGAGUCAAGCUCAAAACAACCUACGAGAAAUAGUUACAGCGGCUAUGAACUAGUAGUUGAUCUGAAUACUGAUUCAGAUGAAUGCGCGAGUACACAGAAGAAGCUCAUCUCUUUCAAUGUGAUGAGAACGUAUCAGUUGAGUACGAGUGACGACGAGUCCUUGCCUGUUGUCAAAAGCAUUGUUGCGUUGUCGGAGGAAUUAUUCAUGGUGACUGACGCGGCAAAUAAAUCGGUGAAGAUAUUUAACCAGGACGGUCUCUGUUCGAGUAUAUCGUUCCAGUCUCAACCCUAUGGACUAGCUGUUGCGUCACAGGACAGAGCACUUGUCAGUUUUCCAGAGAAUAAGAAAAUUGUAGUUAUUUCCGUUGGAAAGGAACUGAAGAUUAUCAGCACGAUUCAAUCAACCAAAUCUUACACUCGUCUUAUGCACUAUCGCCCUGGAAUGACGGCAGCGCUGUGUGCCGACUCGGCCAGUUUAGACGUACUCAGUCUGCAGGGCAAGGUCAUGAAGACAUUCCGUGUGUUCGAUCGCCUGCGGGAGGAUAUCCCCUUCAGCGUUGACAUCAAACAAGGUUUCGUGAUAUGGGAUUCUACAAAUUCAAGUCUAAUUUGGAAAUCUAAGACCGGAAGCACGACAUGUCAAGCGACUUCCGAAUAUGUUAAAAAUAGAAUCGUGUCUGGCCUUGCCUGCGAUUUACUGGGAAAUGUGUACAUUGUUCAAGAUGGCGGGGUUGUCAAGGUGACUUCAAAGGGAGACUACUCUGGUGAUGUUGAUCAUGUCUUCUCAUGUCAGUCCAUUUGUUUCUCCCCCAGGGGUCAUCUAUACGUGGCUGAGAUCGGCGGACAUUGCAAAGUACAUUCUCUGUAACGACAGCAUUCAAUGUGUGAAUAAGAUGGAGACAUUAGUGACAGUCACGAUCUGAAUAAGAGAGAGACAUUAGUGACAGUCAACAUGUGAAUAAGAGAGAGACAUUAAAGACAGUCAUGAUGUGAAUAAGAUAGAGACAUUGGUGACAGUCAUGAUGUGAAUAAGAUAGAGACAUUAGUGACAGUCACGAUCUGAAUAAGAGAGAGACAAUGGUGACAGUCAUGAUGUGAAUAAGAUAGAGACAUUAGUGACAGUCACGAUCUGAAUAAGAGAGAGACAUUAGUGACAGUCACGAUCUGAAUAAGAUGGAGACAUUAGUGACAGUCACGAUCUGAAUAAGAGAGAGACAUUAGUGACAGUCACGAUCUGAAUAAGAGAGAGACAUUAGUGACAGUCACGAUCUGAAUAAGAGAGAGACAUUAGUGACAGUCACGAUCUGAAUAAGAGAGAGACAUUAGUGACAGUCACGAUCUGAAUAAGAGAGAGACAUUAGUGACAGUCACGAUGUCAAUAAGAUAGAGACAUUAGUGACGGUCACGAUCUGAAUAAGAUAGAGACAUUAGUGACAGUCGAGGCCUGAAUAAGAGAGAGACAUUAGUGACAGUCGAUGCCUGAAUAAGAUAGAGACAUUAGUGACAGUCGAUGCCUGAAUAAGAUAGAGACAUUAGUGACAGUCGAGGCCUGAAUAAGAGAGAGACAUUGGUGACAGACAUGAUGUGAAUAAGAGAGAGACAUUAGUGACAGUCACGAUCUGAAUAAGAUAGAGACAUAAGUGACAGUCGAGGCCUGAAUAAGAGAGACACAUAAGUGACAGUCAUGAUGUGAAUAAGAUAGAGACAUCAGUGACAGUCGAUGCCUGAAUAAGAUAGUGACAUUAGUGACAGUCGAUGCCUGAAUAAGAUAGUGACAUUAGUGACAGUUGAUGCCUGAAUAAGAUGGGGGCAUUAGUGGCAGAAGAUGUCCAACAGUUUUGCUUGGAUGAGUUCAAGCGAGGAGAUGUCGUCGCUACUUUGAAAUUGCAUCCCAAUGAUUUGUUGACCAUUGUGACGUCAUCGGUUACCAUGAUGUAAUAGUCAAAUGACAUCACUAAUCUGUCUGUCACGGAAGCUUGAUAGAUGUACUUUAACUCUCAAUACACUGUUUUUUACUGUUUCCAAACAAAGAAAAGUAGGAGGAAUGAUUUUGGAUGAAAAUAGAAUCUCACCUUUGUUUCUUUUGAUAUCAACUACAUCAGCACUGAAGGUUUAAAUAUCCCUGGCCAGCACUUAGGUGAGACUCCCUAUUUUUCAUCCAUGCAUGCCGAAUAACCCGUGCCUCGCCAUAUCCAAAUUACUGCUGUGAUGAAGUCAUUCCUUCUGACGUCAUAGUGGUGUUAUAUAAUUUUGAGUAAUGUUUUAAUUUGAAGUUUACACAAUAUACGGCUUUUCCAUUGGACGAGUGGUCGGUCAUAUGACCGCGAAACCGACGUUUUGACGUUCAUAACUUGUUCCCAAGACUGUAUUAAACACUGACUGACUACUUCCACAUUCCUGGGGAAAACCCGGGGAAUUCUCAAGCACGAAUGAAUACAGAAGUGUUGUUUCUCAUCGGAUAGACCUUUCAAUCUUUUAGCGGCCUUUUAGCGGGUUUACAUUGGGUUAAGUCAGAGAGUUUGAUUGCAUGCCCGUUCAAGUAUAUCCUCGCUACAACCCACCCUAGAGAACAUGCUGAGGUGGAUCCAUAUCCAGAAAUGUUCGAAAUGGUUCAAUGUAUAAGUGUGCCAGGCUUGAUGUUUUAAAUCUAAAGU